GGCAGCGCACCAGCCGGGCGGGUGAGCUCGGGACGGCCGGAGGGGGCGGGGCAGGGUCGGCGGGUGCGGAGACCCGCGGCGGCCGCUCCGGGGUCUGUCGCUGGAGCACCGCCCGGGCUCUGCCCUGCCCACCCCUCCCCUCCCGGGUCCCAGGCCCGCGGGCGUGCGGUGGGCGGGCCGGAGGCGCAGGGGGCGUGCGGCGGCGGCAGGAAGGGGCGGGGGGCUCCCGAGCGCCCGGCAGGAAGAGACAAACCCACCGACCGCAGCAGGCCCCGCGCAUCCGCACCUUUGGACUCAGCCAUGUGGGGUCUCCUGCUCGCCUUGGCCACCUUCGCGCCUGCCGUCGAUCUGGGUCUGGGGACGCCCGGCGCCUCCGGGCUGGGCCUCGCGCCGCCCGCUACCACCAAGGCCCCGGUCUCCACCCUGGCCCCGAGUAGCAACCCGGCACAGCAGCCCUCGGGGAAGAAUAACGGGACCUCAGAACAGCACGUCCGGAUUCGCUUCGUCAAGAAGAAAAAGGUCAUUAUAAAGAAAAGAAAGAAGCUAACUAGACCCAGACCACUGGUGACUACUGGGCCUCCAGUGAUCACCACCCCUGCGGGAGCCCUUGACCUCCCAGAGGAGAAGGAACCAGGCUGCCCCCCUUUGGGUCUGGAGUCCCUGCGAGUUUCAGAUAGCCAGCUCGAGGCAUCCAGCAGCCAGUCCUUUGGUCUUGGACCACACCGGGGACGGCUCAACAUCCAGUCAGGCCUGGAGGAUGGUGAUCUCUAUGAUGGGGCCUGGUGUGCUGAGCCUCAGGAUGCUGAGCCGUGGCUUCAGGUGGAUGCCAGGCGCCCCACCCGCUUCUCGGGCAUUAUCACACAGGGCAGGAACUCUGUUUGGAGGUACGACUGGGUCACAUCAUACAAGGUCCAGUUCAGCAAUGACAGCCGGACGUGGUGGGGGAGCAGGAACCGUAGCAGUGGGAUGGAUGCGGUAUUUCCUGCCAAUUCAGACCCAGAGACACCGGUGCUGAACCUCCUGCCUGAGCCCCAGGUGGCCCGCUUCAUUCGCCUGCUGCCCCAGACCUGGCUCCAGGGAGGCGAUUCCUGCCUCCGGGCAGAGAUCCUGGCCUGCCCUGUCUCAGAUCCUAACGACCUAUUCCCUAAGGCCCCUGCACUGGGAUCCUCUGAUCCUUUGGACUUCCGGCAUCACAAUUACAAGGCCAUGAGGAAGCUGAUGAAGCAGGUGAACGAGCAGUGCCCCAACGUCACCCGCAUCUACAGCAUUGGGAAGAGCCACCAGGGCCUGAAGCUGUACGUGAUGGAAAUGUCGGACCACCCUGGCCAACAUGAGCUGGGAGAGCCUGAGGUGCGCUAUGUGGCCGGCAUGCAUGGGAAUGAGGCCCUGGGGCGGGAGUUGCUCCUGCUUCUGAUGCAGUACCUGUGCCGUGAGUUCCUGCGAGGGGACCCGCGCGUGACCCGGCUGCUCACCGAGACACGUAUUCACCUGCUGCCCUCCAUGAACCCUGAUGGUUAUGAGACUGCCUUUCGCCGGGGCUCGGAGCUGGUAGGCUGGGCAGAGGGCCGCUGGAACCAGCAGGGCAUUGACCUUAACCAUAAUUUUGCUGACCUCAACACACCGCUGUGGGAAGCAGAGGAUGACGGGCUAGUGCCUGACACCGUCCCCAACCAUCACCUGCCACUGCCCACUUACUACACCCUGCCCAACGCCACCGUGGCUCCCGAAACGCGGGCAGUGAUCGAGUGGAUGAAGCGGAUCCCCUUUGUGCUGAGCGCCAACCUCCAUGGGGGUGAGCUCGUGGUGUCCUACCCGUUCGACAUGACCCGGACCCCGUGGGCUGCCCGUGAACUCACGCCCACCCCGGAUGAUGCCGUAUUCCGCUGGCUCAGCACCGUCUAUGCUGGCACUAACCGGGCCAUGCAGGACCCAGACCGCCGACCCUGCCACAGCCAAGACUUCUCCUUGCACGGCAACAUCAUCAACGGCGCUGACUGGCACACAGUCCCCGGGAGUAUGAAUGACUUCAGCUACCUGCACACCAACUGCUUUGAGGUCACCGUGGAGCUGUCCUGUGACAAGUUUCCUCACGAGAACGAGCUGCCCCAGGAGUGGGAGAACAACAAAGAUGCCCUCCUCACCUACCUGGAGCAGGUGCGAGUGGGCAUUGCAGGAGUUGUGCGGGACAAGGACACAGAACUCGGGAUUGCCGAUGCUGUCAUUUCUGUGGACGGGAUUAACCACGAUGUAACGACAGCAUGGGACGGGGAUUACUGGCGCCUGCUGACCCCAGGGGACUAUAUGGUGACCGCCAGUGCUGAGGGCUAUCACUCAGUGACGAGGAGCUGCCGGGUCACCUUUGAAGAGGGCCCAGUGCCCUGCAAUUUCCACCUCACCAAGACUCCCAAACAAAGACUUCGAGAACUGCUCGCCUCCGGGGCCAAAGUGCCCCCAGACCUUCGGAGGCGUCUGGAGCGCCUGAGGGGGCAGAAGAAUUAACACCUCCAGGUGAACAUCCCCAGAGCCUUGGGCAGGCUGGACCUGUCCAGAACUGAAAGCGGGAGGGACAGAGUGGGGGGAGAGGUGCUGAGGCUCAUUAAAGCUACUUGGUACCUCAGGCAGCCUUCCUGCCGUCUCUGAGUCCCAGGUCCCGCCCCUGGGCCAGGCCUCUGCUUCCCCUCCUCCCCGAUCCUAGUCCACACACGCUGGCAGGCUCUCAUCAGAUGACUUCUGGAGAAAUGGUGUGGAAAGAGGAUCCCGCCCGGGUUCUUGAACCUAGGGCUCGCCAGAGCAACUCCUCCAUCAAUCAGCUUCUGCAGCAGGAACCAUUGCAGUGCUCAGACCCAAGCAUGCAAGGCGUCAAGGAUAAACAGUGCCCUCCCAGCCUCCUGGGGCUCACCGUCAAGAGAGGGGACAGUUUGGCACGGUGCAGGCCAUGCUGUGGGAGCACAGACGGGAUUACAUACGUGGGUGUGAAAUAUGGCAGCGCAGUUCGGCAGGGACUCAAAAGGUCAAGGAUGCAACAGAUGGGAAGGUUCUCGGAGGUUAGAUGGGAGGCGGCCCAAGUGUGGGGUAUGGACCGAGAGCUCCAAGGAGAGACAAGACGAGGAAGACAGAACAGCGGGGGACAUUAGGAUUUGCUCCACCAGCCCUCUUUGGAAGGUGUUGGUAAAUGACAAGAUUUGAUUCGUUUCCUUCAGACUGAAGGGCAAAUUAUGUGUCAGUCUUGCGAGGGAAAUAGCCCGCUUAGGUAUUUUAAGCAGAGGAAAAUUUAACGCUGGGCAUUGGCUAUAAAGGUUUUGGAAGAGCUGGAUGAGAAAAAGAGAGAAAGGAGUUUUACCUGAAAAUCAGGCCACUUACCAUUUGCAGCCACUUUGCCAUGAUCACUUGUCAUGUCUCGAGGCUGAAGCAGAAUAAUUUCUUCCUUCCUUCCACUUUCUAAUUUCCAACCUACAAAAUCCACUGGCAAAAUCUAACUGUAACUGGGGUGCCCGGCUGGCUCAGUCAGUGGAGCGUGCAACCCUUGAUCUCGGGGUCGUGAGUUCCAGCCCCAUGUUGGGCGUAGAGGUUACUUAAAGAAAUAAAAUGUUCAGAAAAAUCUAACUGUACCCUAGCUUGCAAAGAAGCCCACAAAAUGUGGUUUCCAGGCGCACCACCCCCCCCCCG